UCUUCUUCUUCCUCGAGGGAAGGCAGAGGAGGUCCCCUGCCGAUCACGGGGUAGGAAGCAGGAACGGCGUUAAAGAAAAGGGACGGGUCGUGGUUCGAGCUCUGCGGCUGUGCGACGAGGGCUCGGUGAUCUGCCAUGGCACGGAGCGACGGUUUGAUCGACCAGCCUCUUGAAGGCGGGCGGAGUCGGCCCGUCGGACCGGAGGCGGGCGAAGUUGCGACCGAUGUCUCGAUUCCCUGGCGGACGAGCAGACGCUUGCAGGAAGCGACUCUCAAGUCUCUUCAAGAGCGGGAUAGCGCGGUCAAAUGCAAUACAACGACGGUACCGAAAAAGCACAAAGAAACGCCAACUCCCGUCGUCUCGAAGAAAGAAACGUCUUCGCCGCCACCGGCCUCCGUGCGAUCUUUGAGAAGACAGCAUUCCUCGUCGGAAACUCUCACGGCAGCCGAGCAGAAAGACGCUUGCGAGAGGAAGGACAGCGCGGGGCGGAAAAAGGCGAAAAACGUUCAGUUCAGCGAUCCAGUCUUUACACACAUCGAGGAGCAAAAAUCGAGCCCCUCAGCUUCCAUCACCACCGCGACGGGUACGCCUUGCGCUGCCCCCACCGCCACCAAUGCGGCGACCAAGCCGGCCUCGACGAAGAAAUCCGCCACCAAACCCAUCAUCCCCACGAAACAGCCGCGCAAUGUCGCUCUGCAGCAGCAGCUGAAGCGGAAGUACCCUAUUUCGUGUUUUGACCUCUUCUGCAACCAUAUCGGUACCAAAGGGUGGCGCUGCUACCGGACGUGUUUGCAAGGGGAAGCAUUUUGCAGUAAUCACUUGAUUCCAGCUACGACAUCGGUCGCGAGGAUCUCUGUUUGCACCUAAAAUGUGUGCACCGGACGGAGGACAUAAACACUUGUACAAAAAGCACGGCACGUGUAAUUCACUUUAAGGAUAUGGAUGCCAGUGAGAUUGCCUACGUUGUAAAUGGACAAAUUGUGGAAGUUUUGGAAAGCAUCAGCGUCAUCAUGUAGGAUAAUAACAUGGCCCCUUAUGAGGUGUGAGUAGCGGUAGGGCUUAUCGUUAAGAGGGACGGGAAGAGGAUCUUGCAGCUAGCUGGCUGGCUCCAAGAAUUCCAUCAAAUCUGUAGAGUAUGUAACAACACCCCCAUUUUCGGACGGGUCGCAGAUUGGAAUAAACAAGCGAGGUCACCUUUCGGGAGGUUGCAUCCCCC